AUGAACCUGACAGACUUAAACCAAUCUGAUCGCUGUGUUGAUGUGUCCUGUCCAGAGAGAUCUGGAUCUCCUGCAGUUUAUAUCUUACUGUACGUGUGUUCAGCUGCUGUGGUUCUUCUAACAGUGUGUGGAAAUAUGUUCAUCAUCAUCUCUGUUCUUCACUUCAAGCAGCUUCACACACCAACGAACACAUUGGUGUUUUCUCUGGCCGUGUCGGAUUUCCUUGUUGGCGCUUUAGUGAUGCCAACAAUGUUAAUCUGGAUGAUUGAGUCAUGCUGGAUAUUUGGGAGAUUAUUCUGCUUAUGUUUUUUGUUCAUUGGCAGUUUCCUCACAUGCAUAUCUAUUUAUAAUAUUGCUCUUAUUGCUGUGGAUCGGUAUGUGGCUCUUUCAAACCCGUUCCUAUACAUAGACAAGGUCAGUAAGAGGACAAUGUGCACUGUGGUGUAUUCAAACUGGUGUUUCAUUCUGAUUUAUAACAUUUUACUUUGUUAUUUCAAUGGAAGCUUUCAGAAUGUUCUGCUGUGUCCUGGAGAGUGUUUUCUUUUUGUAAAUGAGGUUUGGUCUUUAAUUGAUCUUAUAAUAACAUUUAUAUUUCCACUUUUUGUCAUAAUCAUAUUGUACAGUCGGGUUUUUCUGAUCGCUAAGAAACACGCCACUGCUAUCAGAGAGCUUAAUAAUCACACACGACCUCAAACACAGAAAAUCACCUCCCACUCCAUGAAAUCUGAGAGAAAAGCAGCCAAAGUCCUCGGUAUUUUAGUGUCCGUGUUUGUGGCGUGUUUACUUCCCUAUUAUAUUUACAGUUUAUUAGGUGACGUUAUUGAAAUUCAGGCAGACACUGUUAUGAAAGUUUUGCUCAUACUUUGUCUUAAUUCCACCAUCAAUCCAUUUAUUUACGCUCUGUUUUAUCCGUGGUUUAGGAGGUGCAUUCAAUUAAUUAUAACACUUCAAAUAUUGCAUACAGACUCUGCAUUAAUCAAUAUUUUGUCAUAA